CGACACGUGUUGCUUCAUUAUCAAAAAGGUCCAAUAGCCGCAAGGCUAAGGAGGUGAGGGUGAGAAAAAAAUCGUAUAAAAGGAGAGAGAAAAGGCGAUUGAAACCAGUCUGUGUUGUCGCGGUCAAUGUGACAUUGACCUUAAACGAUGGUCAAAAGUAAAACAGACCAUAUUGUCGCUGCUGUCGGUUUGAACACAAACACGGAAUUGGCUGUCGCUUCUGAUUUGGAAAUAGAUUCCAAUUUUGGUGGUUAUCGAGUCAAUGCUGAGCUUGAAGCACGACCACACGUCCGGUUGGCUGGAGAUGCUGCCUUCUUUUGUGAUAGCAAAUUGGGUCGUCAUCGUAUGAAACAUCACCACCAUGCUGUUGUAUCGGGGCAAUUGGCUGGAGAGAAGAAUAUUGGCAACGAAACAUGGAUGAACAACUGCAGUGCACUGUCACCAAGUGCAUUCUUCGUCGUAUUAUUAGUACGCAAUCAGUGUCGUGCUGUUGCCGUUUGUCGUAUCGUUUAAGGUUGGGUCGAUCACUGGUGUACCCAUGUCUCCUGGGUAUGGCGGAUACCAAAGCACCACGCCGCCGCCUUGCUACACAACGACAACAUUCGCACCAACCGGUUACUACACUGAGGGCCACAAUUACUACACCACCAAGGCUCCAGAGUAUUACACCGCAGCUAAUGCUGCCCAGAGCUAAAUCACCAAAGAUCCUGAGUACUACACCGAGGCUCCCAAAUACUACACCACCAAGUCACCGGAGUACUACACGUAUGUUGCCCCAGCUUAUACACCGAGGCUCCCAAGUAUUACUCAGUUCCUAGCUACUACACCGGGGCUCCAACUAAUUACACCACCAAAGCGGCUGAACACUACACCGAUCCGCCCAAGUACUACACCACCAAGGCUCCAGAGUAUUACACCACAACUUAUGCUUCCCCGAGCCACUACACCGAAGCCCCGAAGUAUUUCUCUGCCCCAAGCUACACAACUACAACUGAGGCGGCCAAGUAUUACGCAGCCCCGACUUACUACACAGCGGCUGCUCCUUCGUACUACGUUGAACCGGAAUACUACACCGAGGCUCCAGUUUACUACACCACAACCCACGCUACAUCUAGCUACUACACCGAGGCCCCUAAGUACUACGCUACCAAGGCACCUGAGUAUUAUACCACUACUUACGCUGCUCCGACCAGCUACACCGAAGCUCCGAACUAUUGACUCUAUCCCGAGUUACUACACCACUAAGGCACCUGAAUAUUACACCACACCCUACGCUUCUCCAACUUACUACAGGGACGUUUCUUAAUACUAUAGUCGAAUUUUAAUCAUGUUCAGAUUUGUCGGUUCCUAUUUCGCAUGUUGGAGGUGACCUAUUGCUCUAGUCGCUCUGCAUUCCGACGUAUUCUAGUGUUUGGACAAACUUCAUUUACAGGUUGGCGUAACAUAGGAGUUGCAGAUAGUGUAUGGUUUCUCAAAGAAGUUUAUUUGAAGGGUCUGGAGUUGAUCAGUCACUUGCCUUUAACUUAUGUAAAACUUCAAAGUUAAAAAAUAUACAAGUCGUGAACUAAA